AUGGGUGCGCAACAGUCUUCUGGUGCAGGAGCAGGAGCUCAGAAUAACGAGCCAGCCAAAAGAUGUUACUAUGAAGUGCUCGGGGUUGAUCGCCAUGCGAGUGAGGACGAAAUCAAGAAAGCAUACAGAAGAAAAGCCCUCGAACUCCACCCCGACAGAAACUUUGGCGAUGUGGAUAAUGCGACGGCCAAGUUCGCAGAAGUCCAGUCUGCCCAUGAAGUAUUAUCGGAUCCCCAAGAACGAGCCUGGUACGACGCACACCGUGACUCGAUUCUGAGAGGAGGGAGUAAUGAUCCUGCAGAAGAUCACUUCCAACACAAUGUACGACUGACCAGUGCUGGGGACAUUAUGGGCUUGAUGGGCAGAUUCAAUAAGAGUAUUCCGUUUACAGACUCCCCGAAUGGUUUCUAUGGAGUACUCCAGGAUACAUUUGUCAAACUCGCCAGAGAGGAAGAUGCAGCUUGUGACUGGGAAGGACUUGAACCCGUGGAUUAUCCCGAGUUUGGAAGCAUGGCAGACGAGUACGACGAUGUUGUCAAGCCGUUCUACAGGGCUUGGAUGAAUUUCUCGACCAAGAAGACAUUUUCCUGGAGAGACGCAUACCGAGCAUCAGAUGCUCCAGACCGAGCGACUAGACGCCUGAUCGAUAAGGAAAACAAGAGGCUGAGGGAUGAGGGAAUUCGAGAAUUCAACGACGCCGUCAGAUCACUUGUCGUCUUUGCCAGGAAGCGAGAUCCAAGAUUUAUUCCAAAUUCGCAAACGGAAGCAGACCGACAAAAGAUUUUGCGAGAAGCCGCCGCAGCCCAAGCUGCUCGGUCUCGGGCUGCCAACCAAGCGAAAUUGAACCAACACGUAGUCCAAGAUUGGGCCCAGUCUCGACAGCCAGAACCCGAAGCUCUGUCAGAGUCUGAAGAGUCAGAGAUAGAACAGAUUGAAUGUGUCGUCUGUCAGAAGAUUUUCAAAAGCGAGAAUCAGUACAAAUCCCAUGAGAAGAGUAAAAAGCACAUCAAGGCUGUCCAGCAAUUGCAAAGAGAGAUUCGAUGGGACAAUGCGCGUCUGAAUCUUGACAGCCCAAGUGGCAGUGAGCCUGCGGUGCCUGUCUCCGAAUUGGACGGGUUGGACAUUUCUGGAAAGAAGGAGCCAAAUCCUGACGCAGAGAGUACAGCACCUGACGUGCAUGCUGAUGUAGAAGUUAAGGCUGAUUGA